AUGAAAAAAGGAAGUCAGUAGGAAUAGUAGAAAUAAGAUGCUGACGAAGAGGAAAAAGAAGAAAGGGAAUUUAUUGAGUACACGGAGAGACAUAAAAGCGAAUCAUUUACAUAGUAAUGGAGCAUAAAACAACAAAAGAAGUAGUAGUCUCUACAUAACAGCAUCGAUAUUAGUUUCUAAGAUAUUAUUCCACCAAAUAAUCAAAUGAAAUCUUUAGUAGCGAAGGUGGGAAAAAUUAAACUUCCAGAGCUUCCUUAAGCAAAUGAUAUCCUUCCUAAAUCAGCAUCAAAGAAAGAAGUUCCUAAUUAUGUUAUUGGUACUUAAUAUGUCAGUAUUGUUAAUUUAGAUGGCUAACAUCCUGAAGAGGAGCGGCUUUAGUCUUACUUAUAAAAAGGAAAUGCUAAAUUAGGAUUUUAAAAGUAAAAUUAGGGAAAUUUACAACUAGAAUAAAAUAGUAAAACAUAGGAAAAUAAAAGUUGUAAUCCAAUAUAAAUUUAAUAGCAACCAUAUUCUUAACAACCUCUUAAAGAUCUUAGCAGCCUGCUCAGAGAGUAUUCAGUUGUUUACUAAAAAUAUCCUUAAAAUAUGUACACAUCGUUUAAUAUUAUACAAUGUGAUCUCAAAAAGAUACAAGAAAAUAUAGGCUUAAAAAAGACUAAAAUUGAUUAAGAUGUUUAAAAAGAAUUCCGGAAAGAAGGUAAAGAUGAGCAUUCAUUCAGUUAAGAUAAUAAGACGGUUUCAUAUUUUUAAAACGAUAACUCUGCCUUAGAUAAUUUGCAAUCUAAUAUUUAGAAUAUUAACGAAAAUUAGCAGAAUAUAGAUCUUUAAUUUACUAAAUCAUGCCAAUAUGAUAGUAAAAAAGGAAGAUAAAAAACUGAAAGCUAAUCUGUAGAUGUAAGGGAUAAAAAAAAGUCAAUUGAUGAAAAUUAAAAUAAUGUUUAUGAAAGAAAACUUACAAAAUAAAAAGAAAAUACUUUCUGGGUUAGCUCUUCAAAUAAUGGGGUUAAAUCUGGAGGAGCUCUUGAUGAUUAAAUAGAUGAUAUCUUUGAUAAAGAUAGUAAAAAUUUUAAUGCAUCUGUUAACUUGGUAAAAUAAAAUUAAUAACUGAGUAAUUCGAGCAUAAAGAAGUAAUAAAACAACUAAUUGCUUAGUUUUGAAUCUAAGUUUGAGUGUGGUAACCUUUCCUAUGCUUUCAUCAAAAAUGAAAGAUAGUACUUUUUGGUUUUGUAAAAUGAUAUAAAUACAAAAGGAAAUACACAGUGGUUUUACUUUCGUGUUACAAAUAAAAAAGCAAUAGGCUAGGUUACUUUAAGUAUUUUAAAUUACUAAAAGCCAUACAGCUUAUUCAACUAAGGCAUGAAAAUACUUGUUUAUAGCAAAAAAAAGAGGGAAAAAUAGAAUUUAGGUUGGCAUAGAUCUUGCUCUAACAUAAAUUAUUACAAAAAUGAAUAUAAAAGAUAAACGUAAAAUAUUCCUAUCUCAACAUAUUACACUUUAGAAUUUACAUAUGAUUUUUAAGAGGAAGAAGAUGAAAUAUUUUUCGCUUACAACUAUCCAUAUUCUUAUUCAGAUCUUUAGAAUUAUUUAGAAUCUAUUGAAAAUGAUACCUUCAAAAGACAAUUUGUAAAUAGGAAGGUGCUUUGCAGAACCUUGGCAGAUAAUAGAGUUGAUUUGCUAACAAUCACAGAUGGAUCCAGUAACUAUCAUGUUAGUAAGCAAUAAAUUGUCGUUUCGGCUAGAGUUCAUCCUGGUGAAACAGUUUCUUCUUUUAUGGUAAAGGGUCUCAUUGAUUAUAUACUUGAAGACACUCCUGAAUCAAAAUAUUUGAGAAAUAAUUUUAUUUUUAAAAUAAUUCCUAUGCUAAACCCUGACGGAGUUAUUCAUGGAAAUUACAGAUGCUCUCUAUCAGGGAGAGACUUGAAUAGAUAAUGGAAGAAACCAAGUAAAGGAAUUUAUGCUGAAAUCCAUUCUUUGAAAAAACUCAUACUUAAUACUAAGAGGUUAGUGCUUUUUUGUGACUUGCAUGGACACUCAAUUAAAAAAAAUAUAUUUGUUUAUGGAUGCCAUGACUAUAGCUAGCCUUCUGCUUGCAGAGAAUUACCAUACAUAAUUUCAAAAAUUUACUAGCCUUUUUCAUUUAAGGAUUGCAAUUUUAAAGUUUAGACCUAAAAAUAAGGUACUGCGAGAGUUGUGCUUUGGAAAUCUCUUAGAAUCCCUAAUAUUUUUACUUUAGAAAGCAGCUUUUGUGGUCCUUCUUAUGAUGAUGUCCACUUUAGAUUAUAAGAUCUUUAAAACGUUGGCAAAGCUCUCUGUUAGGCAUUUAUGAUUUAUUUUUAGCCGUCAUAAUUAAAGCAAGGUAAUAAUACCUCAAGAAGAGGUUCCAAAGAGUAAACAGAAGAAGCAGCUGAUAAAAAUCUAUCCUCAAAAAGAAAUACAAUAUACAAAGAGGAUUUUAAUUUGCUGUAAAAGUAGCAAAUAAACCAAAUUAGUAACUUAAUGAGCUAAUUUAAUAUCAACAAAGAUUAAAUAUAAAAAGAUCUUUUGAAUGAAGAUUUAAUUUAAAUGGGAAUGAAUGAUUCGGAUGGGUCUGAUAGCUGUCCAUCAGAAGAUGAAAUUUAAAAUGUUCUUAAAUAACCUGUAAAUAUUGAAGAGCCCAAAUAAGAAACUAGUAAAUCUCCUCAGCCAAAAAAAUCAAUUAAAAAACUUGCCAAAAAAACUAAUGAAACAACAAAAACCAAUCUCUUAAAUUUCUUACCGCCUCAACGACCUAUUGGAUUUAACAGCAGUACAAGUAAAGACACUGAAAAAGAAUAUCUUAAGCCAGUAGCUUUAAUUAAAAGACUAGAGGUGCCAUGCAAAAGUCGUUUAAUUUUAAAUGAAGACCUUAACGCUCAAGGAAAUAUAAAUUCUAUUUCUCCAAGAAAUAAUCUCACAUCCAAAUUUAAACAAAAAGUUAACCCUUUUCCAAAAAAUAUUCAAAAUAAGAAAGACUUAACAAUACCUAAUUCAAUUCUUACUCAUAACUACAGCAACAACAUAAAAGAUUAGGAAAAAUCUCCUUAAAGAAAAAUUGGAGACCAAUAAGAAGGGUUUUAAUAAGAAGAAACAGUAAAUUUAAAAAGUACUUUAAUAUUCAAAAGAAAUCCCCUUUAUGAUUAUUAUGAGAGUGUUUAGCCUAAGAUAAAAAUCAAAGCAAGUGAGCUUGGUAAUCUCAAAAGAAACCUUGAAAACGAAAUAAAUAAUAUAAUAAACAAUAAGCGCAGUCUAACUCCCACUAAAAUGGUUCCUACCAGAUUAGAUUAACUAUUAAACUAUAACUUAAAUGGAUACAAUUAAAACUCUGGAAGCAGUAAUAGUAAUAAUAUUAGCAACUAAAGAAAUUUAAGUAGUAAUUUAUCCCACAAUAACAAUAAUUAUAAUGGUAGCAAUAGACAUUUUGCAAAUUAGCAAAGACCAAACUAUUUUCCAUCAAUAAAGAACAAUAAUGUUUAAAAGGAAGCAACAACACCAAUAAUUUAAGCUAAAACUAAUCCAAAUUAAUAAUAAGCCUAAAAUUUUUAAAUGCUCAAUAAUGGUGCUUAAAUUAAUAACAAUUAAUAAUAAAGAAACUUUUCUCAAAACCUGAGACUUGAAGACGAACUUAUUUAUAGCCCUUAGAAUUAUAACAAUAUAACACCAAUAAACCAGAAUAAUAAAUCUCUGGAGAGCUCAGCAAUCCUUUAAAAUCAUUAAUUUAGCUCUAAAUCUCCAAACAAAUUAAGAAAAAAAUACUCAUUUAACUAGCAAAAUUAAAUAGUUCAACCCUUGAGUUGUAAUAAUAUUAACAACAAUAACAAUAGUUAUCUGAACACAGAACCAAGUGAAUUAGUAACUCUCCAUACUCAAAAUAGAGUAGAGACAGAAACUUACAUCAUAGAUGAAAUAAAUAAAUAACAUAAAAAACUACUUAUCCGUAAUAAUAACCCUACAAGAUCUUCAUCAAUAAAGAAAAAAGUAUCAAUAGGAGGAGAUUAAAAUAUAAAUAGUACUGAAGUUCUGAAUUAUCAGUCUGCAUAGAUAAGACAAAAAAGAUAACUAAAUAGAAUUUCUGUAAUUUCUGCUGUUUAAAAUCAAAAUACAUCAAAUCAUAAUAAAGUUAGACUAAAUGAAGAUCUAUUUGAUUACAUUAAAUUUGGAAACUAAAAUUAAUUCAAAUGA